UUUAGAAAGUUGUAUGUUUUUGGAGUAAGCAAUAUUAAUCCAUGUACGAUUAUACUCCAUACAAAUAUUUGUAAAUGAUCAUCAUACUUAUCUUAACUUGUUGAACAAAGCUACCUUGGUUAUUUUUUUCAUGAUAACAUAGUACUUGACAAUUAUUGCGAUGGUUAAUUUACAUCACACUAACACUUACGAUGAAUUUGUAACAUUAAUGAAGAAAUUAGAUGGCUCUAAUCAUGAGUCUUUUAUUUUAUUUACUGGCACUCCAAAUGAAUCUGGAGAAAGUUGGUGUUCAGACUGUGUUAAUGCUGAACCAAUAAUUAAAAAUCAGAUUGAGAAAAAUAAAGAACGUUUAAAAAAUGCGAAUAUAAUUUUUGCAUAUGCUGGAAAACGAGAAGAGUGGAAAAAUUGUCCUGGAAAUCCCUUCAAAACUGACAAGAGAACAAAACUACAAUUUUUGCCUACCCUAAUGAAAUGGGGUACAUUGUACAAACUACAAGUAGAGGAAUGUUUAAAACCUGAUUUGCUCAACAUGUUAUUUGAAGAAUCUGAAGAUUAAUACUAAGUUUUAAUUUAUCAUUAUUAUUGAUAAAAAAUUAACAAAACAAACUUUAAAAUUAUUUUUCUAAAAAUAUAAUGAUUUUUAGUUAAAAUAAUUUUUGUAUAAAUAUAUUAUUAAAUUUUUUUUAAAAAUAUAAAUAUAGCUAAUAUAAUAUAAUAUAUAUAUAAUAAUGUUGUACUGUACAAUAUAAUUUAUAUAACUAAUUUUGA